AUGACAGGAAGGCUGGCUAAUGCUACCUCCGUAAGGGGGACACUGGCCGAUGCCUUCCCUCCCUUAUACUUUGACCUUUGUGAUGUGAUAGACUACAAGUGGGAGCCUGGCACUACCCAUAAUUGGCAUCCCUCAACCACCUACUAUGGUUGCGGUCCGGCUUCCCACAGCAAAGAGAUCUACGUUUGCCCUGGACACAGAGUGAGCCGGCAGUGCGGAGGGCCGGGGAGUGGGUACUGUGCCCAGUGGGGAUGUGAGACUACUGGGGAUGCGUAUUGGAAGCCAUCCUCAUCUUGGGACCUGAUAACUCUGAAACGAGACGGUCGGCCUCCUUACACCUUGUGUAAACGGGACGCGAAAUGCAAUCCCCUCGUCCUCCACUUCACCGACUCAGGUAGAAGAGCGACCUGGGACGGGCCCAAAUCUUGGGGCCUGCGCUUAUACGUCACAGGGACCGAUCCGGUGGGUCUGUUCUCUCUAAAUAGACAAGUCUCUCCCCUGGCCACUCGACCCAUUGGACCCAACCCAGUUCUACCAGAUCAGAAGCCUCCCUCGCUCCCGGCACAAGCCCAACCCCCGUCAUUGCCUAAGGUCACCCAGGCCCCUGGUAGUACUCCCACAAGCCCCUUCUCCACAACGGGGGGCUCCACCAUUUUGAUCUCCCCAUCGCCAGGCACCGGGGAUCGAUUAUUCAAUUUGGUGGCUGGUGCAUAUCUGGCUCUCAACUAUUCAGACCCUUUUAGGACUCAGGAGUGCUGGUUGUGUCUCGUUUCCGGUCCGCCCUAUUAUGAAGGGGUAGCAGUCAUUGGAAAUUACACCAACCUGACUGCUGCCCCAGACAGUUGUGCCAAUACCCCCAGCCACAGACUAACUCUGCCCGAGGUCUCGGGACGAGGGCUCUGCUUGGGGAAUGUACCCCCCACACACCAGACCCUCUGCAACACCACUCAGAAGAUUCCCAUCGGGAACUACUUCCUGGCAGCCCCAAAAGGCACAUACUGGGCCUGCAAUACCGGACUAACACCCUGUAUCUCAGCCACAGUCCUCAACCAAUCCUCUGACUAUUGUGUAUUAGUAGAAAUUUGGCCCAAAGUCACCUACCAUGAAUCCGAGUAUAUAUACUCGUUUUUUGAGAAACAGACUCGUUUUCGACGAGAGCCUGCCACCCUGACUUUAGCUUUACUCCUAGGAGGAAUCACCUUGGGGGGAGUGGCCGCGGGUAUAGGGACCGGGACCACUGCACUCAUUGAAACUGGCCAUUUCCGCUGGUACAGUUCAUGA